GGCUACGAGCCCAUCGCCCUCCUCAACCCCGAGACGCCCUGGGGCUUCCCCGCGUCGGCCAUCAGCAUCCUCGAGCACAAGGGCGUCCACAUCGCCUUCCUCGCCCGUCACGGCGUGCACCACCAGUUCGCCCCGCACGAGGUGCCGAACCGGGCCAACAUCGCCGCCCUGCGCCACAUUGGCGUGCGCACCAUCAUCGCCUUCACGGCCGUCGGCUCGCUGCAGGAGGAGAUCAAGCCGAUGGACUUUGUCGUCCCCGACCAGGUCAUCGACCGCACAAAGGGUAUCCGACCCUUUACCUUUUUCGAGGGCGGCGUCGUGGGCCACGUCGGUUUCGCCGAUCCGUUCGAUGCCGGGCUGGCCAAGGUCAUCAAGACUUGUGCUGAGCAUCUCAGUGGUGAGGGCGUUGUCCUCCACGAGAAGGGGACCGUCAUCUGCAUGGAAGGACCCCAAUUUUCCACCCGCGCCGAGUCACACAUGUACCGCUCGUGGGGCGCCUCCGUCAUCAACAUGUCGGCCCUCCCCGAGGCAAAGCUCGCCCGCGAGGCUGAGCUAGCCUACCAGAGCAUCUGCAUGGCCACCGACUACGACUGCUGGCACUCUUUCGAGGACGUCAACGUCGAGAUGGUCGGCCAGUAUAUGAAUGCCAACAGGCAGAACGCCAAGCGCCUCGUCGGCGCCGUCCUCGACAAGCUCUCGGAGAUUGACCACAGCGACCUCGUCCAGGCCAAGCACCUCGUCGGAUAUGCCCAGGGUGGCCUCCACUUCAUGACCAAGCCGGAGGGCCGGGACCCGGAGGCCAUGAGGCGGGUAGAGUACCUCUACCCUGAUGUGUGGAAGUCUUCUUGA